AGUCAUCUGAGUAAUGGGUUGUCUUAAUUCAAAAGACAAGCCCCCGGUUGUUGUCGACGAUGAUAAUGUAAAUCACUAUUCAUGGUCAGACAAAAGCAAAGUAAACCCAAAGGACUAUACGAUAGAAAAUGGCAAAUAUGAGACAUUUAUUAGGAAACCGGGAGAUAUAGUCGGACAACAAUUUAUUAUUGAAAACUGCGAGUUCACUAAUAUUGCACUUUUUGAUUAUAUUAAUACCAUUACUAUUGAUGAAUGCAAUAAUUGCACAAUUUUUAUUGGACCAACUAUUGGCAGUGUUGUCCUACGAAACUGUGUCAGUUGUCACAUAAUGUGUUGCGCCCAACAAUUCCGGUCUCGGGAUUGUAAAAAUAUUGAUAUUUUCCUCUACUGUGCCACACAACCGGCCAUCGAGUCCUGCUAUGAUCUCACGUUUGGCUGCUUUUCGGCAAAUUAUAAAGGAUUAGAAGAUCAAUUUAAAAAAGCAAAUCUAAGUGUUUUAAAUAACAAUUGGACUAAUAUUUAUGAUUUUACUCUUAACGACGGCGAACAACACUGGAGUUUAUUUGCAAAUUCUGUAAAAGCUGAAGACUAUUUCUCUGGAAUACCCAAUGAUAAUGAUAUUGACUUAUCAUUCAAUUCUACCGCAAGUAUUGUCCCCAAAACAGUUGGUCCAAUGCCCACCACAUUAGGUAUUAGCGGUGAACUUUGUCUUGCGGUCAUUAUAGCCGGAGAACAGACUUUAAAGACUGCCAUCUCUUUAAUCAAUGACAUGAAAAAUGAAUCAGAGAUAUAUUUGCUGAAAACCAAAGAAUUCAAUGCCAUUACCACAGAAUCUCAACUCAUGUUUGAUGUCGAACCCAAUCAAGUGAUUGUCGCUCUUCUAUAUAAAGGUCUCGAUUGUAUUAAAAGGAGUCAAAAUAUUGGUAAAGGAUAUUCUGGUGUUAUGUUUAUCACUGAUUUGAUGACAAUUUAUAAACAAAUGUCUGUCAUCUUUAAUACUAAUAAUUAAAUUUUAUAAUAUAUAUAAAUUGAAUAGUAUUUUAGAUGCAUU